AAUUGUGCUACAUAAAUAACGCUUCAUUUCGUGCAGACGCCUAAGAAGACAAGACACCAAACACACCAUCUCCCACAGCGAGAAAAUUUAUAUUACCGACGCAGUCAGAAUCUUUGAAAAAUCUCUUGAAUUGGUUUAUCGGCAACAUAGAAAAGCAAAGCAGGAAAGCAGAACACAGGAGUCGAGUUUUUAGUGUUUUAGUCACUCUCAUAGCUACUAGAAAGACUUCAAGGCUGCUACCAGCAAAGGUUUGAAACAACAUGGUGUUUCUCUUUGUUGUCCUCGCAACACUAUCAUCCUCGCAUUUAGUGUCUGCUGAGGAAUCUGGUUCAGGCGGUGGUGCACUUAUUCCGCUAGCUGUGAUUUUCUUGCUGAUCACGAUGGUCGUUUUAGUGUCAAUCUCUGAUUUGUUCACUAUCGCGUACAGAAGGCUCGUCUCCCAGGUGUCAGAUUACAGAGCUGAAAAAGGACCCGAAGAUGAUGCCGUUAGUUGUUCAAGCGCGGAAAGAGGAGAAAAGAUUGAAGGUCUUUGUGCAAAGAACGAGGACGAAUUAGGCGGUGUGUAUGAGGAAGCGAGGCCCAGUAAUAGAUCAACAGUGGCGGAAGCCUGCCAUAACGACGCUUAUGAAUCCGUGGAAAUGAACGACUACAAUUAUGUCGGCCCCAAACAAGACCAGUACGAAAACCUGAGAGGCCCUAGACAAAACCAGUACGAAAACCUUGACAACUCUGGACAAAACCAGUACGAAAAACCAGAGGGCCAUAAACCAGACCACUACAAAAGCCUUAACGGGGCUGAGGAUAAACCUGCGAUGUCGGAUGAUGCCGCUAAUAACACACUGCAGGCUCAGAAUGGCAACCAGAAUGUCGGAAAGGAGAUGAAAGGUGCAUUGGACUUGCCUACAGAUGAUAGCGACCAGCAUGCACAGAGAGAGGUGACAAGAGGAAGAAGAAUCGUCCUUCCCCCUCUGAACAAUCCGAGAACGGAAUUAGACAAACCAGCUAUAUUUGCAGACACUGAAGAGCAACAAGCUCUUGAUGAAAACUUAAAAGACUUGCUGGCUGACUGACUGAUCGAAUGACAUAUUUACAUACGGACGGAACUGCCCACUGACUGAAUGACUGUCCGAACGACCAAUUGACUGACUGACUAAUUUACCAGGCGCGUAAACAGCAUUAGCUGAGAGGGUUGCGCAGUCAUAUGCAUCAUAUGGAAAAGGCUUUAAAAUCCUUGAUAAGAAAUUGCCCACUUUGUGGCCGCCGAGGGGGGUUGCGCGCCUGUGCACAGAGUGUGUGUGCGCGCCUGCUUACAGACGGACCAAGCAACCAACCGACUGAAUGACUGACCGAACGAACAAUCGACCGACGAGUGACAGACCAAACGAAAAAUUGACCGACUGACUAACUUACAGACUGCCAACCCGCCGACUGACAGACAGAACGACCAAUUGACUGACUGACUGACUGACCGAACAGCCACCUGACUGACUGGCUGACUGACGCACUCACAUUCAGAGAGACAAGAGCCUUAAGGCAGGUUUCCAUAUGAGUGCACCGAUUGCAAUACGAUCGCAGACGAUUGUGUACGAUUAUAUGGAAACUCACCCAGCGAUUGUGUACGAUUAUAUGGUACCUUGCGCAGUCAUCGUGUGCGAUCAUAUGGAACUCACUCUGCGAUCGUGUACGGUUAUAUGGAACCUCGCCCAGUCAUCGUGUUUGAUCAUAUGAAACUUACCCGACCGAAAUGCGAUCAUAUGGACAAAUUAGCUGCGACCGCGUGUGAUGAGUGCGAUCACAUGGAAACCAGUCUUUAUAACCUUAUCAAGCUUUUUUCUGUGUAUCGCUGCACUGGCCGUAACAGGCCUCGAAACACUGGGGAGAGGGAGGGACCGCCACGCUCCCUCUGGACAUUUAUUUAUAAUUUUAGAAAAAUGGGGUGGACUAACCCCUCCCCCGCCCGCCCCACGACGUUACGGCCCUUUUCAAGGCUUAUCUCUGUGAGGAACCCUGCUUUUAAGGACAUUCGAAAUUCGCUUAGGAAGAGAGGAUACCUCAAAUAAGGUUAACCUCAUAUUCAGUGAGAAUAGUUGGAUUUGAUAAGGUUCAGAACAUCUAGUAUGAAAAUAGGGUCUUACGUAAACGAACAUUCAUGCACGAUAAUCUUGUUAUACUAUUUUUACUUUUAUUUAGUACUCACAGCACAUAGAGUGUAAAAAUAAAUUAAUGAACGUGAACGAAGUCACGUUGAAUGGUCAUAAUCAUAAGGCUAGCGCGUCCAUUUUCAAAUAGGGAGGCAUGCAAUUAUAUGAAAAUAUUCAAGAAUACAAUAAUAUUCAAGAAGGCUAAAGUAUGACUUUUGGAGGGUACAUAGGUCACAAUUUCAUCGUAAUAAGAAGCUCACCAAGCCCCGUGUUAACACUGAUAGAUUUCUCAACGCCUUUGCUAAUCGGCUUGCAUUCAGAUAUAAUCUAGCCUUAGCAAGUGAGCCUUAAAGUUGUAACUGCAAGUUGUCUGUUUUUGUAUUUCUGUACUUGUAAAGUAGUGUGUAAAGUAAAGCGCUCCUAGAAAUGUAUUUUUUCUAGUAAGAAUAAAGAUUAUUAUUAUUA